AUGAUAACCUAUUCCAACAUUCCCCCCAGAUCUUAUACUCCAAAACCUUCCUAUUUAACAGUUGUAAAUCACUCACAAUAUUCUCAGCCUGCUCAACCGAUGUACUCUUAAAAGGUUAUUCCCAUCCAACCUAAGUAGCAUGUACCCACUACAGAAAUUAUUCGAGUCCUCCCCAAUGAAUCCCAACAACCAUAACAAGAUUAAAAUCAAUUCAAUGGAUUAUCAUUGCCAGAACUUAAAGUCUUUUUGGAAGAUUUAAUGAAACGUUAUGACAAAUUAGCAUAAGAAUUACAAAAGGCGACUCAGAAGGAAAUUUAAUUGUAAAAUCAACACACUAUUGCUUAAACCGAAUUGAACAAUAAAAUAUUAUAGUUUUAGUAAGAGAGAGAAUCAUUUAUGUCAACCAUUAACAAUAAGAACUAAGAAAUAGACUUCUUGAAUUCACAGAUAGACCAAUUAAAAGAAUAGCAUUUUCAUGAAAUCUAGGAGUUGAAAGCAGAUAAUGAACAUAUUGCUUUAGUUUUAACUGACAAGUUGGAUUAGAUGAAUCAAUUCUCCAAAGAAAAGAUAAUAGAACUGGAUUAAGCCAAGAGUCUGCUUGUUCUCAGAGAAUAGGAAGUACAAGAAUGGAGAUUAAGAAAAAACAAUGGCGAUGUCUAUUCGUAAGAAAUUAAUCAAUUGAAAUAAAAAAUCUAUUUACUGCAAUAGGAGAAGGAUCAAUUGAUGGGUAGACUUAGAUAUUCUCAACAGGAUUCUCAAUUAGGCAAUGAGAAUUAAAUGUUGAAAGCCUAGUUGUAAGAGAAGGAAUCUGAAGUCAACACUCUGCGUUUGAAAUUGAGAUAUGGCUAGUAAAACAACAAUGAUCAAUAAUUACAGUAGGAAUUGGAAUAAGCCAAAUCAGAGAUUAUGUACUAUAAACAAUAAUUAAUGAAUGCGGGUCAGCCUGGUAAUUAGGAGGAGAUAGAGGAUUAUUAGGAAAGGAUUCAAAUAUUGGAAAAUGAGAUUAGGCGAUAGAAUAAAUAGCUGACCGAUAUGAGACACGAAUUGGAGGAUCACAAAAAUCAUAAAUCUGAUAACGAAUUUCUGAGAUCCAAGUUGUCAGAUCAAUAAAACCAAAUAAAAGAGAUAUCCAAAUCCUAAUUGGGAUUUAAGGACAGGAUUCCACAAUACUACUGA